CUUAAGGAUGCGGCCACAUUAUUCCUUUGCUCAAAAGUAAGAAUGGUUGCCACCACCACCGCCAAGAUCGUCAAGCCUGCGGGCCAAGUCGCCGAUGACUUUGAAAAGCAAGUCGCCCAAGAAUUGGUUGCGUUGGAGAACUCCGCCGCGGAAAUCAAGGCCGACUUGAAGGACUUGUACAUCACCGCCGCCAAGCAAGUGGACGUGCCCGGUGGCCGCAAGGCGAUCGUGAUCUUCGUGCCGUUCCGCCUCUUGAAGAACUUCAACAAGAUCCAAGCCCGCCUCGUCCGCGAAUUGGAAAAGAAGUUCUCUGGUCGCCACGUCGUGAUCAUUGCGCAGCGCACCAUCUUGGGCAAGGGCCAUGCCCGCGGCCACAACGUGAGCGCCCCCCGCGCCCGCAGCCGCACCUUGACCGCCGUGCAAGACUCGAUCCUUGACGACUUGGUGUACCCCACCGAAAUCGUCGGCAAGCGCACCCGCGUACGUCUUGAUGGGUCCAAGCUCCUCAAGGUCUUCUUGGACCCCAAGGACCAAGUGAACGUCGAAACCAAGUUGGACACGUUCGCCACCGUGUACAAGAAGUUGACGUCCAAGGACGUCGUGUUCGAGUUCCCCGUGCAACAAGAAUAAGGUGUUGGUGUGUGAGCGGCGCCUAUCUAUAGGCGAAGUGUAGUGUGUUGUCGGGACGCCUCUUGCAAAAUCUGUCGCCUGUUUACGUUGAAACGACGUGACCAUGACAAUGGAUAUGCAAGAGGUGCAACGAGCACACCUUGCAUUCGUCACGACUUCUUCUUACUAGAGCAAGCCCUUAACAAAUGAUUUAUUAACUCGUUUGUUACUCGGUUGUUGUACCUUUGUCAAAAAGAGUUGCCAUGGAUUAGAAGGGGAGGUAAUAAGUAGAGGAACCAACCUCGUGGGUUGUCGACGAAACGGCGUGAGGGUGGUUGGGCACUGGGAUGGCUUGAUUAUAACGGGUUAAGGAAACGUCAUCGGCCAUCGUCGUCUUGCAACGUGUGGAACUCAAGCGCUUGAACCCUCAGGUCAAGUGGGUGGACACGACAGCACAAGAGGUCGAGGGUGGACACCGAGAGCACGCGGAUGGCGUUGGAUCGGCCCAUGCCACCUCCAAGCGGGCCCUUCAUGUUCAUGGAAGGAACUCGAGAGGCAUUUGGAUGUCGUCGCAUGUAUCGGGCCGAUUGAUGCAGCACGCGGGCGGUCCUAUACAUUGCGUCGGCGGCGUCGGAAGUGCUGUUGUGGGUUUUGAUCACUG